UUAUCAGAUCGGCCAUUGCUCUGUCUUCGCCUCCUUCUUUCAUUUCUAUUUCUACACUGUUCUUUUAUUAACUUUCCUCUAACAAAUCAAAACCCUAAUCUCCAAAAAGAUGUCAAGGUUUCCCCUUGAUGUUUUAAUCGACACUUUUUAUCUCUUACCCGUUAAAACUCUCCUACGUUUCCGGGCACUUUCUAAAUCAUUUUGUUCCCUCAUCGACGGUCCAGAUUUCAUCAAACAUCAUCUUGAACAUUCCCUUUCAACAAAAUCUCAUCUUAUUUUGAUCCUCAAAGGUUUGCAUCUUUACACUGUGGACCUUGAUUCACUGGAUAAAGCUAUCCCUUUCAGUGAAUACCCAGAAAGUAUAUGGGGUGGGACUGAAGUUUUGGGUUCAUGCAAUGGCUUGCUUGCUUUGUCUAAUUCUGACCAGGAUUUUCUUUUGUUUAACCCUUCGACAAGGAAGUUGUUUAAGUUACCGGUUGAGAUUAUUGAGCUUCCUAAUGACUCUUGUAUUCGAGGUUUUGUGUUUUCUGGGUUUGGUUAUGACCAUGUAAAUGAUGACUAUAAAGUGGUUAGAAUGGUGCGGUUUAAACAAGAUGAGGAUGAUAAUAUUGGCUGGUUUAGUGAGUAUGAAGUUAAGGUUUUUAGUUUAAAAACUAAUUCUUGGAGACAGAUCAAGAAAUUGCCUAAUUAUCUUCGCUUUAUGUUUCAAUUUUAUUUCCAUCUUCUGCAUAUAAGAGGUUAUGGUGUCUAUGCUUGUGGGGUUUUACAUUGGGUGCUGCCACGAAGGCCUGAGUUGGGUGUUGGUAAUUUGAUAAUUUUACAGAACGUAGAAAUUGUUGGGAGUGAAAAUGGAUUUGAGUAAGGAAUGCUGAGGGCCUGGUAACCGCUGGAUUGGAUCACGGUUAGGAAGAAGAGGAGACUUGCGAUCAUCAGAAUCUAGAUGAGCCAUAUUAUGACCGUUUAUUCUGAGAAGAUAAUCUGAAAAUGAUGCAUGUGAUGGCUAAGAGGCGGACAAACAGAGGCUGUAACUGGGGUUGGCUAUAUAUCAGAAAAUAGAAGGGAGUUGUAGACAACUUCUCUUUGAGUUUUGACACUUUCCUGUUUCUUUGUAGCAAAUAAAUUUCCAUUAUUAGCCAUUAAAAAACUUUACAGCAAUAUAAUAUU